AUCCCAGCCCGUACUUAGAACUCGGGUCUCCGAAAACGUCCGGGAGGGAGGCGAGGGGCGCCAGGCGCACCUACUGCGCCUGCGCGCGCCAGCUCGGAGGUCCCAGCACCCCCUCCCCCUGCGGUCGGGACUUGGUACGACCGGGCGGUUGGUGUCCUAUGUGGCUCCAGCCAGAGGCGGGCUUUUUAAAUCUUUGGCGGACUGGCAGCUGCCUAGGUUGUGGCGCUGGAGAUGGAGGGGCUGACCCAGAGGGGUUCCGAGCUCGGCCCGGCGGGGCUUCCGGCUCAGCAGGACUGUAGCAUUCAAGAAAAGAUAGAUUUAGAAAUUCGGAUGCAACAAGGAAUAUGGAAACUCCUCUCUGUGAGCACUCAGAAAGACCAGAUUUUACAUGCAGUGAAGAACCUCAUGGUGUGCAAUGCUCGAAUAAUGGCUUACACAUCGGAGCUGCAGAAAUUAGAAGAGCGGAUUGCAAAUCAAAGUGGAAGAGGGUGUUUUCCUUUUGACAGUGAUGUGAACUUUGAAAAUAAAGAACGAACAGCAUGUAAAGGAAAGAUUGCCAUAUCAGAUAUUCGAAUACCACUAAUGUGGAAAGACUCUGAUCACUUCAGCAAUAAAGAACGAUCACAGCGUUAUGCCAUAUUUUGUUUAUUCAAAAUGGGAGCUGAAGUUUUUGAUACCGACAUGGUAAUUGUUGAUAAAACAAUCACAGAUAUAUGUUUUGAAAAUGUAACUAUAUUUAAUGAAGCAAAGCCAGACUUUCAGGUAAAGGUGGAACUAUAUAGCUGCUGUACAGAAGACUCUUCUAUAACCAAUACACCAAAAAAAUUAGCUAAGAAACUGAAGACAUCUAUAAGUAAAGCUACAGGGAAGAAAAUAAAUUCAAUGCUUCAAGAAGAUCAUGAAACGUGUUUGUCCUUCAGUUGUGCUAUUUCUGGUGCAAAGUAUAAUUUGCUAGCUCACACUACACUGACCUUGGAAAGUGUUGAGGACAGUUUCAAGACCCAUAAUCUGUCUAUUAAUGGAAAUGAGGAGUCUUCGUUUUGGCUUCCCUUAUAUGGCAACAUGUGCUGCCGAUUAGUGGCCCAGCCAGCUUGUAUGGCUGAGGAUGCAUUUGCAGGAUUUCUUAAUCAGCAGCAAAUGUUAGAAGGUCGGAUUAGUUGGAGACGGUUGUAUUGUGUUUUGAAAGGAGGUAAACUCUAUUGUUUUUACACUCCAGAAGAAAUUGAAGCUAAAGUGGAACCAGCUUUGGUAGUGUCCAUUAACAAGGAGACCAGAAUUCGAUCAAUGGAUAAGAAUGCCAAGAAAACCCAUAGUUUCUCUGUCAUCAGUCCCGUUGCUGGAGAGGCUGUAACUCAUAUUUUUGUAGCUGACAGUAGAGAAGAUCUUCAGAAAUGGAUGGAAGCCUUCUGGCAGCAUUUCUUUGAUCUCAGCCAAUGGAAGCAUUGUUGUGAAGAACUUAUGAAAAUUAAGAUUAUGUCACCACGGAAACCACCUUUGUUCUUGACAAAAGACGCGACCUCAGUGUACCAUGAUAUGAGCAUUGAUUCACCUAUAAAGCUUGAAAGUCUAACUGACAUAAUACAAAAAAAAAUUGAAGAGACAAAUGGACAGUUCCUUAUUGGUCAGCAUGAAGAAUACUCACCACCUCCUUGGGCCACAAUCUUUGAUGGUAACCAUGAAGUGGUCAUCCAGAAAAAGGUAUUAUCUUCAAACAAGCAGUUACCUGAUGGGAAAAGGAAAAAGAGACAAGCUCCCCUUCCCCCUUCUGAUAAAGCUCCAUUCAGCUUAAAGACACAGAGCAACACAGAUCAAUCGGUGAAGGACAACUGGGAAAAAACAGAUUUAUCUCAGACCUCUUCUUUGGAUACCAAAUUAUCAACCCUGAUGCAUCACUUACAGAAACCAGUGGCUGCUCCUCGAAAACUCCUUCCUACCAGGAAAAGCAGUUUAACCGAUGGUGAACACUCAGACACUAAAACCAGUUCUGAAGCCAAGCCAGUGCCCACCCCAAGGCAGAAAUCGAUCAAAGACAUUUUGGACCCUCGAUCAUGGUUGCAGGCAUAAAUAUAGAAAACCCUUAACUGUCUAAAACAUUAACAAAAUCUGUAACUGUGAGGCUUGAUUCAGCACUAUAGAUGUAGUAAUAUGAAAUUAUGCAGGUAAAUAAGAUAGUGAUUUAAAUCAAUAAUUAAUAAGUUAUAAAGUAUAAACCUGUUUUAUAAUGAAGAAAUGAAUUUCUCAUUUACUUCUGAUUUUCAUAAUAUGAGUGAUUUCCCCAGCAGAGUGCAAGAGGCACUCUCUAGACAAUACCCUAAUUGUUGGAAGGGUUAAUUUAUUCCUAAAUUAGUACCAGGCAGUGAACAAGAACUAGGCAGAAUAAAGCAUUAAAAUUUCUUUGGGGAGAGACUGUCUAGUAAUUUAAAAUGUGUUAAAUAUGAGCCACAUUCUCAUUUUGAGAAUUUUAACACUAAUGGAAUUUUUCAAAAGUUUUAUUCAAACCACAAAUUAUAGAAUUCACCCAAGAAAAUUUCUUCUCAGCAUUCUGGAAUUCUCAUCUAAUGAUUCACUGGCUCUCAUCUAUUGUUUAACCCACUUAGUUAACUCACUGACCUUUUAAAUUCCUGGGAUAAAUUUGGGAUAUUAAACUCUUCAUCUUUAAAGGGAAUUUGUAAUGUGCUAUUCAAAGUUGUCUCUUUGAUGAGCCCUGAAAUCCUGUAGACAUUAACUCUCAUAAGUGAAGCAUACAUUUAUUAGUUUAGAGAAAAGGUAGAUGAAAUGUUCUUUCAUUUUUCUAUGCAUAGUGCUGAUUUCCAUUGUUACAUUGGAAUUUAGGGAAGAGAGUAGCUGAUUAACACUUAAAAAUUUAUUUAAUACUUAUUUUAAAAGCAGGUGGUCAAUUCAAAAAUAUCAGAAAAGUGACCCAAGAUAAUAACUUUCAGAAUUAAACCCUCUUUUAAGAAUUUUAAUUAGGUUUUCUUUUUCUAGCAAGAGUUGAUGUCUUCUAUUGAUAUUAUUCACUAAAAAUCAUAUUCUUACAAUAAUGACAUCAGAAUUAUUUCUAUAGGAAGUAAUUUCCAUAGCAACUAAUCAUAGUGACCGAAACAGAAUUAUGAAAGCAAAUAAGGAAUAAAUAGCAAGAGAUUGAAUAUCUCACAAGAACAAAAACAUUCAUUUUUUUAUAAUAAUAUUUUUUGUAAACAAGAGCUGAACAGAAUCUAAUCAGAAUUUCUAAAUAAAACGGUUUCCAUAAGGUGUCAGCAACAGCACUAAAAAUCCCAAAUCACAGUGAACCUUAAAUAUCAUUGCAAGAAAUAAGAAUUAAAUUACUGCCCUGCAUAUAAUCUCUAGAGAUCUUUUUAGAGCCUGUACGAACUCUAUUUGGAUCAGAACUACAUUAUUACAAAGUAAAAUGAACACUUGACAAAAAUAACAUUAAUUUAAAUGGAGCCUUUCGUUAUUUUUAGAUAGCAAAGUCUUUUUUCAUUUAUAUAGAAUGAUGUAACUGCCAGGUUACUUUUGUGUUUGCUCAGGACUCUAGUUAGAAUUAGGACUCCAGGGAGCGGUGAUACAAAAGGUCUCUUGUGACUGGCGACAUCAGGACAGACAUAGUAUUUGAUGAGAAGGAAACCCUAUAUGCUUGCCUGAUAGAAUUUAGAGACAAUCACACAUAUAAAAACCUAAGAAGGUAGGAUUAAUUUGUUUUUCUAACUAGAAGGCUCUUGUAAAUUUUUGUUGUGAUUGCCAAUUUAGUAAAUGGCAUAUUGCAAGUCUAAAGGAUAUAAUUAUUUGAAUUGUUAUUUUUAAACCUCACUGCUGUUUUUGACAGCAUUUGUGACUGUCGUUGCUGCAGAAUUAUUGAGCUAGAAGAUGCUGGAGGCAAAAUUGUUUCUGAAACUGGUAUGUAAGCAUUCUUUUUUUUUUUAAGCUGAAGCCUUCCUUAUAACAAACCAGUGUUAAAACUUCCAAAUUAUAUUCUUGUCAUUUCUCCUUAUGCAUAUUAUAUCAAGAAGGGUUUAAGUUGUACAGGAAAGAGAAUUUAUUCAUAGAGAGAUUACCUGGCAGUUGUUCCCUCAGUGGGACCCUUUGAAACAAGGCUGAGGCCCUCGCUCCUAGAGCCCUUUGGGUGAAACCUGACCAAGGACCACCUCCCCCGCCCACAUUAUUCAGGCUGUUUCCAGGGGCCCAUUUCACUGUAUGUUUCGAAGCUUUUGAAAUUGGGCUGAAGUCUUCAGUUGCACUUCCUUUGGGACUGUGCUCAUUAAACGUCAGUGCCCUUCUCCCCAAAAGGUCUAAGUUGAAGAUGGGCCUCCUACCUCCCUCUUUCCCUUUUUCUUUCCUUCCCUCCCCGUCUUCUUUCCUCCCUUCCUUACUUUCAGAGUUAAAAAAAAUCCAAAAAACUAAAAAUACUGAGUUAAACACUUUGUUAAGGAGUUUGUCAAAAGCAGUAUUUGUUUUCUCAUUUCCUAAACCGGAAGUUUAUGACAGAGAAAAAUAUGCCAUGUAAUAAAAGACAUUUCAGCUUUUUAUGAGAUGGCUUUUCACAUUCCUUGUUUGUCUUCUUUUUUUUUCUUGGUAUAUGAAGGCUAUAAACUUGAAACAAAGAGUUAGCUGUCAUAUCUUGGUAAUAUAAUUGUAGAAACAUAAUAGAAUAUAUAUUUCAGAAUAUAAUUCUAAUGAUCUGAAAAAAAUAAUAGUUGAGAAAAUUACAUUUACAUUCAAGCUCUGGGAUAUAAAUUACAACAGCAUUAAGAUAUUAUUUUUAAUUGCUACAAAGUGGGAACAUUUAAACAAAGGGCAAAGAAGCCAUUUUGUUAUAAAUGCACACCUUCUAAGGUAAACAGUCUUUCAGAAUAUCACGCAUGCCAACUCUUGGUGAGUUGUAUUAAAUCUUUCUCAACUGUCUGCAGCGCCCCAACUUUUUUAAAAUGGAUGUUCAUGUCUGUCAAAAACUAAAUCUACUCAUUAUGAAUGUCAUGUCUUUACCCUUUCAGACCCUACAAAAUGUGUUUAACCUGGUACUAUUUACUAAAAAUGGAAGCUGCCUUAUUUAGAGACAAUUCAUGUACGAUAGGUUAAAGAGUGAAAUAUUUCUUUAGGCUUAUGUUCAGCAUCUCAGCCACCUACCAAGAAGUUAAUUAAUUCAGUGCAAAAUGAAAUUAUAGAGCAGUUUGGUACAAUUUCUGUUAAAUGCCACUUGAAUGUAAUCACCUGUGCUACUGGGAACAAGGAAAACCUCCCCAGAUGGGGGUGGAGCGCAGCAUCAGGGACCAGAGGAGAAAGGCCUUGGCCGGCAGAAUGUGUGCUCCUAUGGGCUGGAAUUUAUCAAAACCCGUUACUUUUUUAAAGAGUGAAUUAUUGAACAGUAAUUAAACUUUAACUAAUGACCAUUUGUAUCCUCGUAGUUGUUUUCAGUGUCUAUUUGUCUGGACCUAUAAUGCAGAUAGAAUUGACUUGUACUUAGAUUCCAAAGGUAGUACAAUUUUUAAAUGUUUACUUGUUUAUGUGUAACUGCUUCAUUGCUAAUAAUAGUUGUAUGAAAACA